AUGUUCUCCUGCUUCAGUACAGGCAUCCUAUUUCUAUGCAGCAUCUGUUUUCCGCUUGUCCGCUCCCUCAUUUGUAGCGAAGAGAUUUUCGGCACCCCAAAGGUAGACGACUGCAAACAAGCUCUGCUAGAAAUACCUUUCGCCAGACAAUCUGUGGCCAGCUACCAAUCCCAGUACUCUCACCUCUUCGCCGAGCCACAAUUUCAAGAGCCCCCUUUCCAUUCGGUCACCAACAACCUUCGUCCACAGGCGAUAAUACAGCUUCCAAAAAUCUGGAAACACUACUCCUGCCGCAUAGCGCUCAUGAGUCAAGGCGUCUCAGGUAGUCCAGGGGUUAUCGACCCGACGUUUACUGCGACAUGGAGGAACGUCAUAGACCGGUCCGCACGGCUACGAAGUUGUUUUGCGUUCAAUCCGCCUCGGGGCGGAUGGAUAUCCUUCCUGUCAACCACAAAGCAGCCAGCGGCGACGCUAUACAUGUACGACAGCGAUUCGCUAUUCAGCGCUGUCAUCAACUGCUACAUGAGCGGCGGAAUCCCCAUCGUUCCUGUCAGCAAUGAAGACUGGGCCGAUGUACUGAAGAAUGCAACACUUCGUCUUCCGAGUCUAAGCGUGCUCACGAAUGUUACCCGAACGCUGUCGCCAAGCGAGUAUAAACUUUUGGACACGAUGUAA